GGUCCCGGCGACCGGAGCCGGCUCCCCCUGCGGCGGUCUCCACCUGCCCCCCGCGGCCGGAGAGGGGACGCGGUGGGGAGGUGGGGGGCAUUGGGAAUCCUGAGGAGGGAAGCCAAAGGCGUCUCUAUUCGGAUUCUUGGAGGGGAAAGAGCUCCCCAACGCCUGGGGAGGGGGAGAGCGGGUCGUUGGGGCGACCCCUUGCAGGGGCUGCUGUUCUAACUCAACUGACUUCUUCGACCCGCUCUCCCUCCUCCCGCGAGCCCGGCCCGGGGACCCCCCCACCUCCCCUUCAGCCUCCGCACCCACCCACCUAGCUCUGGGGGCAGCCCAGGAAGGAAAGCCCGUCUACCGCGGCGAGGAGAGACUGUCCUCCCACGCCCCUGAGACAGGGGGCCGGGGCCGAACGGCCUGCGACCCCCACGACUGGGACCCAGCCAGCCACAACUUGUUAACGCCCUGAGGUCCCCACCUCUCUGCCGACGGCCGCACCUGCAGUCCUUUCCCCUCCGUAUUUAUUUCCCUGGCCCCCGGCCAGCCCCUCCAUCUCUCUCUCCUCUGGGCUCCAGGCCUCCCUUCCUGACACAUGGAGAGUAACCUGUCUGGCCUGGUGCCUGCUGCUGGCCUGGUGCCGGCGCUGCCGCCUGCCGUGACCCUGGGGCUGACCGCGGCCUACAUCACCCUCUACGUCCUGCUCUUCUUCACUGUCUAUGCCCAGCUCUGGCUGGUGCUCCUGUAUGGACACAAGCGGCUCAGCUACCAGACCGUGUUCCUGGCACUCUGUCUGCUCUGGGCCGCGCUGCGAACCACCCUCUUCUCCUUCUACUUCCGAGACACCCCCCGAGCCACCCGCCUGGGGCCCCUGCCCUUCUGGCUCCUCUACUGCUGCCCUGUCUGCCUGCAGUUCUUCACGCUGACGCUGAUGAACCUCUACUUUGUCCAGGUGGUGUUCAAGGCCAAGGCGAAGCGCAGGCCCCAGAUGAGUCGAGGCUUGCUGGCCAUCCGAGGGGCUUUCGUGGGCGCAUCGCUGCUCUUCCUGCUGGUGAAUGUACUGUGCGCGGUGCUGUCUCGCCAGCGCCGCGCACAGCCCUGGGCCCUGCUCCUCGUGCGCAUCCUGGUGAGCGACUCCCUCUUCGUCAUCUGCGCCCUCUCUCUUGCUGCCUGCCUCUGCCUAUUGGCCCGGCGGGCCCCCUACACUAGCAUCUACCUGGAAGCCAAGGGGACCAGUGUCUGCCAGGCAGCUGCAAUGGGUGGCACCAUGGUCCUGCUCUAUGCCAGCCGGGCCUGCUACAACCUGGCGGCCUUGGCCUUGGCCCCCCGGAGCCGGUUGGAUGCCUUUGAUUACGACUGGUACGAUGUCUCUGACCAGGCGGACCUGGUGAACGACUUGGGCAACAAAGGUUACCUGGUGUUCGGCCUCAUCCUUUUUGUGUGGGAGCUGCUGCCAACCACCCUGCUGGUGGGCUACUUCCGGGUGCACCGGCCUCCCCAGGACCCGAGCACCAGCCGCAUCCUUAACAGACAGGUCUUCAGCUCCCGGUCUUACUUCUACGACCGGGCGGGGCACCGUGACAACCAGGGCUGCAGCUGGGAGGAGAGUACCAGAAUGUUGGGCAGCCUGAGCCCCAGCCGGCAAUAUGGCACCAUUGGUCAGGAAUCAGCCUGCUGCAAGACCAGCCAGAUACGGACUGCUCCUGUGCUCUGCCCCCAGGUGCCAGGCAGGCACUACCACAGCCUCUACUCUACUCCACAAACGUGACCACACCCCCUGCCCCAGGAUGCCCAGACCCCAGGCCCCCUCAGCCCAGGCCCCUGUGCCAAGUUCACGUGCCACUUCUUGCCCAGGAUCGCUCAGCUGUGGCGCCUCUUCCCCCAGCUGG